CUUCACAGCCUCUGCCAUCAGGCACCAUGAAGGUGUCUGCAGCCGCCCUCGCUGUCCUCGUCAUCGCUGCCGCCCUCUGCGCCCCUGCAUCUGCCUCUCCAUAUGCCUCGGACACCACACCCUGCUGCUUUGCCUACCACCCCCGAAAAAUGCCCCGUGCCCACGUCAAGGAGUAUUUCUACACCAGCGGCAAAUGCUCUAUGCAGGCAGUCGUCUUUGUCACCCGAAUGAACCGCCAGGUGUGUGUCGAUCUAGAGAAGAAAUGGGUGCAGGAGUACAUCAACUCUUUGGAGAUGAGCUAGGAUGGAGGGCAUCUUGAACCUAAACUUGUACAAAUUUUCCUGUUGCUGCUUGCUGUUGUCCUAGCCAGCUUGGGAGGCUGUUCCCCUCAAUCAUCUAUGCCCACCCCUCUUUGGAAAGCAGGGAUUCCACCACAAGGCAGCAGUUAGAAAAGCC